AUGGCAACAGCACAAAAUGAAAACAGUCAGAUAAACUUGAAAAAAUCGAAGGAUCAUCCGAUGAAACUGAGCAUUGGAGGAAAGAAAUUUGAAGUUUCCAAAACAACAAUUGAGAAAUGCUUCAGCCGUCUGAAAAGGGAUUUCGAGCUAUCAAGCGAAACUCCAAUGAGUUCUGGUUCAUCUCCUUUUUUCUAUGAGCGAGAUCCGAAACAUUUUCAAUUAAUUCUGAAUUUUAUGAGAGAUGGAAAUGUGAUACUUCCGCAAAAUUCAAUCGAGCUGAAGGAAAUUUUGGAAGAAGCCAAGUUUUAUAUAUUGCAAGAAUUAAAAAGCGCACGAAAUCCCAUUUGGAAUUGUGAAUUUGAAUGUUGGUGGUACCGUAUUCCAAACUACAAAAGCAACGUUGACCAGAUUCGAUGGAAUGUUCAAGACCAUGUUGGACAUGGAAUUACGGUCAAAAUCAACGAAAUUGACACAUUAUUCAUCGAUCGAUCGCCGAAACAUUUCGAUCUGAUUCUGAAUUUCAUGAGAGAUGGUGACGUGGAAUUUCCAGAAAAUUCCAGAGAAAUUCGUGAAAUUCGAAGAGAGGCUCAAUAUUAUCUGUUGGGUGGAUUGGUGGAAGCUUGUGAACAAUUUUUCGUUGCAUUUUGA